UCUCUCUCUCUCUCUCUCUCUCUCUCUCUCUCUCUCUCUCUCUGCUUCUCAAUUUCUCAACUUUGUUUGCAUUUCAUUCCAAUUUCCAUGUGCACCUUCCCAUCCCAUUUCCUUCAUCUCCCACAUGGCUACUUCUGCUUUUCUCUGAUCGAGCUAUGACAAAGAAAUCGCCUUAAAGAGGAUAGUUUCUUGCCAUUUCUAGAUAAGCAAUGGUUGCGGAGUCAUGGUUUCGUAAUCUCUGGAGGGCUCCUCGGAAGCAUGAUGCUAACUCCGGGGAGGUGAUUGGAGUAUUAGCAUUUGAAAUAGCGAGCUUGAUGUCCAAGCUUGUUAAUUUAUGGCAAUCGCUGAGUGAUAAACAGGUUGCGAGGUUGAGAGAAGAGAUUGCAAAUUCAAUUGGCAUAAGAAAGCUUGUUUCGGAUGACGAUCAUUUUAUUGAACGAUUGAUCUGUAUGGAGAUAGUCGAGAAUAUGGCACAUGUGGCCGAGUCCGUGGCUAGGCUUUCUAAGAAAUGCAACGAUCCGAUUUUGAAAGGUUUUGAAAGUACCUUUUAUGGGUUUAUCACUACGGGUACGGAUCCGUAUGGGUGGGAAUUCACUAGCAAGAAGAUGGAAAGAAAGAUUAAAAAGAUGGAAAAAUUUAUAUCGACUAAUGCAAGUCUGUAUCAAGAGAUGGAGGUGCUUACUGAGCUGGAGCAAACUCUUGCGAGAGUGAAGCCUAAUGGUGAGUCGGAUGGUGUAAGUUUAAGCGAGUAUCAGAAGAAAGUUGCAUGGAAGAAACACGAGGUGAAAAGCUUGAGGGAUAUUUCUCUAUGGAACAGGACAUAUGAUUACACAAUACAUCUUUUGGCUAGAUCGUUAUUCACAAUAUUUUGUAAGAUCAACCAUGUAUUCGGAAUUCAAGAGAUGGUAGAUGAUGGUGGAAACAAUAACUCGAGUGUCUUAGAUUCCGAGAGCAUUUAUAGAAGUCAAUCAGUCUCUGCGUUAUUUCAAUCUUCAUUCGAUCCAUCACAGAAUCAUAUUGCCCGAUUUUCUUCAGGACCUCUUAAUAAUAUUACGAGAUCAGGUCCAAUUGUUAGAGCAAAUAAAGCCAGCGUUACUCAUUCGGGUCCAAUGGUUAGAACAAAUAAAACCAGCGUUUCUCAUUCAGGUCCCCAUGGCGACUCAUCCACAAAGUCGGGCCCAAUUUUAGGAAAGCAUACAGGUGUCAGUUUUUACUCGGGUCCCCUUGGAAGGAAUGCGAAUCAAUCGGUUCCACUUAGUAGAACAAAAAAAAUGAGCAAGAUUUGGAACUUUUAUAAACACUCUACUGGCAUAACUGGGAAGGAAACUCACACAAGACACAGUCGAAUGACUCAAGUAGGACCUUUCAAAGGAUGUAUGGCUUGGGACAGUUCUUCCAUCAUUGACUGUCAUUCAAGUGCAAGCGGUGUUCACAACGGGGUUCAGAAUCCCAGAGACGCUAAUUCAAACCUUCUCAGUCUUGGCAAAGUAGUUCAUCAUACUCAAUCAGUUUUCAAAUCUAUGUGCAAGCUUUUAAAUCCUCCGCCUGAAACCCUUGGCGCUGCUGCUUUAGCACUUCACUAUGCAAAUGUUAUAAUUGUGAUUGAGAAGCUAGCAGCUUCUCCGCACUUGAUAGGUCUUGAUGCAAGAGAUGACAUGUACAACAUGUUACCGAGACGUGUGAGAAUCGCCCUCAAAGCCAAAUUAAAACCAUUUACCAAGGCCAUGGCGUCGUCAUCAGUCUACGACACGAGUCUCGCAGGAGAAUGGAACGAAGCAAUGUCAAGCAUAUUGGAAUGGUUGGCACCGCUUGCUCAUAACAUGAUAAGAUGGCAAACUGAGAGGAGUUUUGAGCAACAGAGCUUUGUUUCACGAACGAACGUGCUGCUGGUUCAAACGCUUUACUUUGCGAAUCAAGAAAAGACAGAAGAAAUCAUCACUGAGCUUCUCGUGGGUCUGAAUUAUGUCUGCAAAUAUGGCAGGGAGCUCAAUGCAAAAUCUCUGGCCGAGUGCGGCAGUUUUAGGGUUGGCAAUGAAUAUCUUAAUCUGAAUAUAUAAAGAUCAACUGUGUUUCUUGAAUUAACAGAUGAAAAUGAAAUGGUAGAUGAAGUAUGGAAGAAAUAACUACAUACUCAUUAUCAUGGAAGUUUAGUAUCAGAAUGUGUUUCUGGUGAGGAUUUUUUUCGUUGUUUUUGAAUAUUUAUCGAUUAUUUAUCGUUGAUUUUUUCGAUAAGUUUCAAGUUAUUAGAACUAGAAGUUUCAAGUUUUUUCGAUUAUUUGAAGUUACUAAAUGGUGUGUAGGGUGUGCAUAUCUAUGAACAUCAUUAUUUGUUCAAUUGUAUAGUGCGAUCACACAUGAUUAUUGUU